ACGUCGGCGCAGUGACUUCCGGCGGAAGAAGAAGCCGGUCCCAAGUUCUGGCCGACAGUAGGCAAGGAGUGGGCGGCAGCGCAUAUGUGAAGUUAGCUAAUCUGAGAAGGCCCACUUCUGGUUCCAUGGAUGAUGGCUGCUGCGCAGAUGCCCAAAAAGGAUUGGUACAGCAUCCUAGGGGCAGACCCAUCUGCAAAUAUGUCAGACCUAAAAGAAAAAUAUCAAAAACUUAUAUUAAUGUAUCAUCCAGAUAAACAAAGUACAGAUGUACCAGCAGGAACAGUGGAGGAAUGUGUACAGAAGUUCAUCGAAAUUGAUCAAGCGUGGAAAAUUCUGGGAAAUGAAGAGACAAAAAGAGAGUAUGACUUGCAGCGGUGUGAAGAUGAUCUAAGAAAUAUAGGACCAGUAGAUGCUCAAGUAUAUCUUGAAGAAAUGUCUUGGAAUGAAGAUGAUCACUCUUUUUAUCUGAGUUGCAGAUGUGGUGGAAAAUACAGUGUUUCCAAAGAUGACGCAGAAGAAGCCAUAUCUUCAAUGCAUUAUACUUCAAUAAUGACCAUGAAGAACCAGAAGGACCUAUUAUAAAAUCAUCAGUUGUAAAAUUAAUGAUGGUGACCUUCUCCUAAAUGAAAAGACUAUCUCUUAUAAUGUUCUAUGUAUAAACUGGUAAAUUACAAGAUUUCUACUCAGUGACAAUCAUAUUUAGAACAGAAUAUGUUGCUUUUUUUUUUAAAGCCGCCUGCAAUAUGAGACAUUUGCCUAUUACUAUCUGUUCAAUGUAAACUAAAAAACUUACUUUCCAGAAACAAUCUUUAAAAUUGCUUUUUAAAAGUUUUUAUUUUACAGUUUUGUUACCUAAGACAGUUGAAUUAUUGACCAGACCAAAAUGAUCUAUAUAUGGGGAAGGAAUUUAUUUUCACUAAUUUGACUGGUUUUACUUGUAAACCUUUUAUAAAGAAAAAUAUCACUACCGGAUUUAGUAAGAGAUAAUGCAACUCUUUUUUUAAUCACAAAUUACUUUCUUGAAAAGUAAAUGUAUACAAGAAUGUAAAAUUUGAAUUUCACUUACAUAAGCGAUUUUAAGAUUCUCGAAGGUCUUACGUACAAAUAUUUGCCAAAAACCUCCAAAUUAACUCUGCAUUUAGAUACAUUUAAAUGUUAAAUCUAUUUGUAGAAAAAGGACAUAAGUUUACUGAAAGAAUGUCAGAAAAUAUAUGAUCAUUCACUUUUAUUAUUAUUACUGGAACUAGUUUGUCCAAGGGCCAAUAGCAAGGCCACUUCUUUGCUAUCUAAUAAAAUAGACAUAUGUGCAGUAAAGCAUAAGACUGCUCUAGUAGAAAAGUGUGUACAUCACAGUCAUCAAAAAAGGAACAAAAUAGUGAAUUUGGAAAAGCCAUAUGUAAUAAACAUUCUGAAGCGUUACUUUGAUGAAGCUAUAAGGUGAACAUCUUUCAUGUUUAAAUGUCCAUGGUUUCUCCCUAAAAUGUGUUUUUUCCUGAGUUCUAAAAACAGGUAAUGUAAAUGAAUAAAUAAAACCAUGUAGUUAUGGACACCAGUAAAAGUAAAAGAAAAACAUUCUACAAACUAAUAAGGCAACAUACCAACAAUCUAGGGAUAUCUUUGUCUGACCAUCCCAUUGACGGUAAACCAGGAUCCGUGGUUUAUACAUUCCAUCUUCUCAUAAAGCUUUCCCUAAACUUGCCUGCCCAUACCAACCUGAUUGUUUCCAGCUCUUAACAUAUAAAGUCAGCCUUGCUUGGGGCCCUACAUUAUAACCUUUAUUAUUAUUUUUACCCUGCUUGCCUUUUCUGUCAGUUUUUACUAUUUUAUAUCAGAAUAAACCAACAGACAGUAAUGCCAUGAUUUUUGAUUUUACUUUUUUGAGUGUUAAUGACUUUUAUUACAUUACAGUUUGGUGCAAAAAUAACUGCAGUUUUUGCUCCAAAAUAAAUUUAGUGGCAAAAACCAAUUACUUUUGCACCAACCUAAUAGAUUUUUGCCAACAUGCUUGGCGAAAAAUGAUACCUUUGUCUUAUGAGUGAGGCUGAAUCUCUUUUCGUGUUUAAGAGGUGUCUAGUUCCUUCUCUGUGAUAUAUUUUUGCAUGUCUUUUGCCAUUUGGCUACUGGGUUAAUCUCUUUUUUUCCCUUCAUUUCAUAAGCACUCUUUAAAUACUAGGGAGAUUAGCCCUUUGUGGUACAAAGAGCAAAUAUCCCCAGUUUUUCAUUUCUCUUAUCAGCCUUUGCUUUCACGUUUUCUGAAUUCUGAGUCUUUGUUAGAAAGGUCUCAUGGUUUCUUCUUUUACAUUUAACUAUUUUAUUCUUUGGGAGUACAUCCUGACAAAUGGUUGUAAGGCUUGGAUGAAUGUUUUUUAUUUUUGUAAAUAAUAACUAAUUUAAUACCUUGGUAAUAUUUUUCUGUGCAUUUAUUUGAUUGUUGGCAGUGUAGAAUAUUCUGUGUGUUUUCUGAUUGCAUUUAAUAUCCAGUGAAUAGUCUGUGCCUACUUUUGCAUAUAUUAGUCUUUGGGAUCUCAAUUGUGCUAUCUGCAUGUAUUUCUUCUAUACUACAGACAGGAUUAAUACAUUUAUCACAAAUACUUUUCCCAAUCUGUUUUUUGUCUUUUAUAUUUAUGUUUCACAAAGUUUUUAGUUUUUUAUACAGUAUUUACUUUUAUAUCCAUAUGCUUUUUAAAAGAUGAUUUUAAUUAUUUACAGUACCUAAACCAAAAGUGGAACUCAAAUAUUUGCUGGUGGUUAAAUACUUGUAAGUAGAAAUUCUCUGAAAGCACAAUGAUAACUGCCAUUAACUAGGUCACUUCUGUAGCAGUUAUGACCUGAGUUUCUUUCAAAUUAGCGAUGUACGAUGAAGUAUCAUCUCUGGAGUUAAUUUUUUUUUUUUGAAACGGAGUCUUGCUCUGUCACCCAGGCUGGAGUGCAGUGGCGCGAU